AAAAUGGAUAACUAGCCCUUUCUGGUUCUCUCUUGUUUGUGCAUUAUCAGAAGGCUUUAGUUUUCUUUUCAGUGAGCAGUAAUGGAUGUGACUUUUCUCCAUCUGGACGGGUGUAAGGGCUCUGUAUUUUUUGACCUCAUUUUGCGACUCCAAGAAUCCAAACACAAAAACAUCCAAACCGCAAGCGCUCGCAUCCGUUUGAUUUUGUUGUCACUUUAAUUUUCUAUGUAUUCCUUCUCAUGUUUCAUUUUCAGAUUUUUGUUAGAUGAAAAGUGAAAACAAAAACAAAAAGUCAUUUGGUAACUAUUUUCAAAUUUUGUAUUCUGAACUUUGGGAACAAACACAAAUUAAGCAUUUUGGCGGACAAAGAAGGAUACAGAUUCAGCCACUGUUAUUCCUCUAACAAGUAUAAAGCAUUUUUGGGCUGAUGGAGAUGUGUGCAGAAUGAAGAUAUUGUUUUUAAACAAGAAAAGGAGAAGACGUUGGCCCUACCUGGGUAGGUGACAAAACCAACCCAAAUGGUGUGUGCAGCCUCCUAAAAAGCAUAUAUAAAUUAUAUUAUAUAUGUAUAUGCAUGGAUGCUGCUGCUGCUGUUUUGGAACUCUCCAUUUUGUGCUUUGUGCAUCUAAUUGAAGCCAACAAUGGAGCUCGUAGUUAUCACUACACUAUGUCUCUGUCUUUCGGCUCUCCUCCCUCUCUGUUCCUCUCAACAAUUUGAGGUCCCAGAGGCUCAAGCGCUUCCAAAGAGGCUCAGACUCACUGAAGAGUUGGCGACUGCAAAAAUGAAUGGCGAUGAAGAGUUGAUGCCAUACAACCACCAGAAGGCAGAUCUCUCACGGAAGCAUAAUGAGGAAGAAAGCAGAGUCCAAGCAAGAGUGGGAACAUGGCGAGAGUGGUCGGAGAUGGGGGCGGGCUCGUCGGAGUUUUUCACGAUGGAUUAUUCCCACGUCAGAAGACGACGACCCAUACACAACAAGAACAAGCGUCUGCGGGCAGGUCCAUGAAACAUGCAUGGGCAUGGGUUUAAUUUCGUCGCCAGGGAAACUUGUAAAACACAGAUUUUGGGGAAAGGGAGCCACUCUGUCGAGUCUAAGGUCGGCCAUGGCCGACAUUUUGGAGCAAAGCUCCAAAGCCUUUUGCUGCUAACUAGGAACAGCUUGCUCUGCUCUCGAUCUUGUAUUUUGAAAUUAUAUUAUAUAUAUAUAUAUAUAUAGAGAGAGAGAGAGAGAGAGAGAGAGAGAGAGCAUUUUGGAAGCUGAUUUUGUUUCUCCGUAAAUCGAUGCACGAAGUCAAAUGAGG